AUGGCGAGGGGAAGAGGAAGAGGGCGAGGACGAGGCCGGAAAACACCAAUAAUGACAAUUGGUAGCUCAGUUGGAGCUCGAGUUGAAGCAAUAGAGUUGAAUCAGCAGGAACAAGUUCAAAAUGAGGAAGAUAGUUUUGAAGAUAGACUAUCAGUGAGUUCUAAAGUUUCUAGAAAUUUGAGCUUAAACAAUUCACUGAAGAAGGAAGAGGUACAUGAGAACUCAGAUCUGGAACGUUUUGAUGGUGAGAACAAGGUGGAUGGCAAUGGAACAGUAAUUGAAGGUGUUAACAGUAAUAGAGGUAAAGAAGGGAAGAAGAGUAAGGAAUAUAAGGAGCCUUGGGUCAAUAUGUUUAAGAAUAAUUGUGCAGCUAACAAUAGAAUAAAUUUGACUUAUUUCCCUCCACAAAUAGUGAAUGGGCAAACUAUGGUUCAGCUGGAAGGGAAAGAGGUACAUAUUGAAGAAGAAAAGUGGAAAUGUGCACUUAUAGCUUAUGUAAUUGGAGAGUGUCCUGGGUAUAAUACUAUGAAUAGGUACUUAUUGAUGAAUUGGUCGAAAGUGGAUAAGCCUGAUGUAUUUCUUUAUGAAGAAGGAUACAUAAUCAAGUUUAAGAGCCUGAAUGACAUGAAUGAGGUACUAUUUUCAGGGUCAUACACUAUAAGUAAUAGGCCUAUUAUACUGAAGCAAUGGUGUCCUGAUUUUAAUUUUGAAAAUGAGUUCUUAACUAAAAUACUAUUAUGGGUUAACUUUCCAAAGUUGCCUCUUAAUUGUUGGGGAGUUGGAUCUCUGAGUAGAAUAGCUAGUGUUAUAGGAGUCCCAUUAUUUGUUGAUGAAUGUACCACAAAGCAGACAAGAACAUCCUAUUCUAGAAUGCUUAUUGAAGUAAAUGUUACUAAGCCUAUUCCUCAGAAGAUAACAGUUAUGGAUCCAAAUGGUAGAACAUAUAUGCAGGAAGUUGUGAUGGAGUGGAAGCCUCUAUAUUGUGAUAAAUGUCAGAAGAUUGGACACCAAUGCCAAUCAGCAACAAUGGAGGAUCUACCAAAGAAGAGAAGGCCAUGGAAAAAAGUUACACAGACUUGGCAAUAUAAAGGUCCAAUUCAGCAGCAGGAGUGGAAAGUUAAACAAAGUAAGGUACUAGAGCAUAUAGAAGAUGAUAAUACUUCCUUUGUGCAGGAGGAGAAACAAGAGAUAGAACAAAGAGGAGAACAGGAAAUCAAGCAAACACCAGACCUUAAUCUAAGGCCUAAUACUGGAACUAAGCAUCUGGAAUUCAGUUUGUCAAAUUUUCCUAUGUUAUCAGCCAUACCAAUGAGAAAUGGAUUUGAGAGUCUCAUGAAUAGCAAGCUUGCUUCACUGCCUGUAGAUAGAGGGUUAAUUGAAACUAGAGUGAAAGAGGGUAAUGCCAAAGCUACAAUUAAAAGUAUAGCUCCAGGAUGGAGGAGUCUGAACAAUUAUAAGGAGGCUGCAAAUGGUAGAAUUUGGAUUAUAUGGGAUGAAAGUUGGUAUGAUAUCAAGUUAAUAACUAGUUCAGCUCAAAUGAUACAUUGCCAUAUAAAUGAAAGAAGUAAAGGUUAUCAGUUUAAUCUCACAGUGGUAUAUGAUUUUAAUACUAUAGAGCAGAGGAAAAGCUUAUGGACUGAUCUGAACUUGCUGGUUCAAAGUGUUACACAUCCAUGGCUCAUAAUAGGAGAUUUUAAUGCUCUUCUGUCAUCCAAAGAUAGACAAGAUGGGGCUCUUGUUACUUUGAAUGAGAUAAAGGAUUUUGCAGAAUGUGUUAAGGAUAUCGGCAUUAAUGAAAUACAAUGGAAAGGUAACUACUAUACUUACAACAAUAAACAUAUUGGUAAUGCUAGAAUUUCAAGUAGGAUUGAUAGAGCCUUGGGGAAUGAUGCAUGGAUGGAUAAAUGGGGUCAUGUUAUUUUAGAGUAUGAGAAUCCAGGAGUGUCUGAUCAUAGCUCAAUGCAGUUGUUACUACAUCAAAAUUAUCAACAGGUUAUAGCAAGUUUUAAGUUCUUUAAUGUAUGGAUUGAACAUGAAUCUUUCUUAGAACUGGUGGAGAAAGUGUGA